CUCUGCUCUUCGCCUGUGGAGACGAGGCUGCAGCUGAAGAGAAAAGACUAGGGCGGAGCAGCUAGGAAAGGGUCCAGGCACAGGGCGUUCGGAGGGGGAUGCGGCAACGCGGCAGCCUCCGCCCUCCAGCGGCGCGCACGGCCGCCUCGGGAGCUGUCAUGGCCGCCUGAUCACGUGACUCCGGCUCGGCGCAGGCCCAGUUUCCUGUCGCUCUCCCUCCGUAGCCUAGUUCUCCGCCUCCCUCCCUUUCUCGCUUGCCGGCUCGGACACUGCCUUUCUUCUCUCGGGAGGACUGCUGACCGGACUCCGAGAAAUCCGGAAACAUUUGGAGAAAAUGACACAUUGGUUUCAUAGGAACCCAUUAAAAGCCACAGCUCCUGUUUCUUUUAACUACUAUGGCGUAGUGACUGGUCCUGCUGCUUCAAAAAUUUGCAGUGACUUGAAAUCAUCCAGAGCACGACUGCUUGAGCUGUUCACUGAUUUGAGCUGUAAUCCAGAAAUGAUGAAGAAUGCAGCAGACUCAUAUUUUUCCCUUUUACAAGGUUUCAUAAAUUCAUUGGAUGAAUCUAGCCAAGAAAGCAAGUUAAGAUAUAUUCAGAAUUUCAAGUGGACUGAUACACUACAAGGACAGGUUCCAAGUGCCCAGCAGGAUGCUGUUUUUGAAUUGAUUUCCAUGGGAUUUAAUGUAGCUUUAUGGUAUACCAAAUACGCUUCAAGACUGGCUGGAAAAGAAAACGUAACAGAAGAGGAAGCAAAAGAGGUCCAUCGAAGCCUAAAAAUUGCAGCUGGGAUUUUUAAACAUUUAAAGGAAAGUCAUAUCCCAAAGCUUAUCACACCUGCAGAAAAGGGGAGAGAUUUAGAAGCGCGACUUGUAGAAGCUUAUAUUAUCCAGUGUCAGGCUGAAGCUCAAGAAGUAACAAUUGCUCGAGCAAUUGAACUGAAACAUGCUCCAGGACUAAUUGCUGCACUGGCCUAUGAAACGGCCAAUUUCUAUCAAAAAGCUGAUCAUACUUUAUCCAGUUUGGAGCCUGCCUACUCUGCUAAAUGGAGAAAAUAUCUUACCUUGAAAAUGUGUUUCUACACAGCUUAUGCUUACUGUUAUCACGGUCAAACUUUGUUGGCUAGUGAUAAAUGUGGUGAAGCAAUCAGGUCUCUCCAAGAAGCAGAAAAAUUUUAUGCCAAGGCAGAAGCAUUGUGCAAAGAAUAUGGAGAAACCAAAGGUCCUGGACCAACAGUCAAACCUUCGGGACACUUGUUCUUUCGGAAACUAGGAAAUCUUGUAAAGAAUACUCUAGAAAAAUGUCAGAGAGAAAAUGGAUUUAUUUACUUUCAAAAAAUUCCAACAGAAGCCCCACAACUGGAACUCAAAGCAAAUUAUGGCCUCGUAGAGCCUGUACCUUUCGAAUUUCCUCCCACAAGUGCACACUGGACACCGGAAACGCUGGCUGCUUUUGAUCUCACCAAGAGACCCAAGGAUGACAGUACCAAACCCAAGCCAGAAGAAGUGGUAAAACCUGUGAAAGAACCAGAUAUCAAACCUCAAAAGGACACUGGGUGCUACAUCUCCUAAAAUACAUCCAUACGGAGUGCACUUGGAAUUUCUCUAGUAGUAGAUAAGAUUAAACCAUGAACUUUAGUUAACAUUUCUUGAAAUGAUAUCUCUGAAGCCUAUAGAAUAAUAUAGUACAUUCAGAGGGAAUCUGCCUUCAGUCUGUUUGCUCUUGAUUUUUAAUAUAGUCAAUCUUUGUUUCCACACUCCUUUUUCACCAGGACAACGUGUGAAAGAUUUUAUUGUGCUUCUGAAGGGCAUAUUUGAGGGUUUGGGUUUUUUCCUCCCCCUGAACUCUGGGCAGUAAUAAGUUACAGGUUAAUAUAUUAUAGGCCAGAAUCAUGUGGUUUCAGGUAUGUUUUUCUGUCUUCACAAAAAAAGUUUAUUUUCCUUCUUAUUUGAUACCACUAGAAUGACAGGAGUCUGUUUUUGACAGUUUUUUCCUUCAUUUUGUUAAUUGUAAUACAGACUUGUUACGUUCUGAGUCAGUUAACUUUUCUGGGGGGAAAAAGAAAGUUAUUUACAGUUAAACAUCAGAAAAUCUUCGUACCAAAUCCCUUGCGUAUUUUUUAAUCUAUAAUUUACUCAAAAAUUGGUGUUUACAGGUAUGUUGAGACCAUCUAAGAACUUACUCCUAUAUUAUGUAGCCCUCCACUUUGUUUCAGUUUCCAUAAACCUGCAAUGAUUUUACAAGUACCUUUCUAAAGGGCUUUUAAAGGAGAGAACAUUGUAACAGCUCGUAAUGUUUCUAUAUGAUAGAAGAAAGAAUGAAAGAUUUUUGCAGAUGCUAAAUAAUUCAUGAUGUGAAGAAAAAACUUGAAACCUAACGGAGAUGGGUUGUCCUGGAAUACACUGGUAACUAUUUCUUUGUUACCUGGUUUCAUUGUACAUUGUUUUUAUAUAGUUUUCUAAUAUCCACUUUCUGUUAGAAAUGUAUUGCUUUAGGCCGAAGGUCAUACAGAAACUUAACAGAUACAGUAUCAUAUUAAAAAUAGUUUGUAAUAUUUGCAACAAUUAGUAUAUAUACAAACUUGGGAUAUAGUGGAUGCAUAACACAUUAACAAAAGUCCUGCAUCUGUAGGUUUAUCUUCUUUGGAUUGUUCUCCUGGGGCAUUAGCUAAUUUUCCUAUUAUAAAUGGAUUGGUUCCUUAGUAGAAAUAAUAGUAGUGUAUAUUAGGAGCUUAUGACAUGGGCUGAGCACUUCCAUAAACAAACCCUUGAAUCCACACACCAACUCCGUGAGAAAUAAGUAAAAUCUGCAUAAAGUGUUGAAAUAGGAAUAAACACUUCAUUAUGAAGAAUGAAUGGAUUAUGCCUUUCUAAAUCAAUAUUGUAUUCAAAUAAAUGAUUACAUACAUCAUAAUGUACACUCUUGAAAAAAGCUACAUAGAAUCAGAGAGCAUUUUUUUUUAAUGUUAUGGAAACGCUACCGAAAAUAAUAUAUGGAAAUACUCCUGGCUAUAAAACAUCUCAUAUUUGAAGCUGCAGUUUCCAGAAUAAGUGGAGUAAUAACUGGACAGACAAUUUAAUUUUGCUGUCUGUGGAAAAAAUAUUUUAAUCAAAUUUCACUGUAUUUUGCUUACAAAAUCAUUUGUUUGUUAUAUGCCAUUUACUGAAAACUUGCAACAGUACUUGAUGCCAACUUAUUACUCUUGGCCUAUAGGAUCUGUUUAUCUUAGAUACUAGUGCUUACUAACCUAGUUACUAAAUCUUCACAUUGACGUGGAUCACACUACCUUAUAUGGAAUGAAAACAUAUAACAUGCUUAGUGCUUCUGUAAAAUGCAGUAAAUACUGGUAUUUUAAUCCGUAAUUGGCAACUUCGACAUAAGCAGAUAGUAAAUAUUCUGUUGACUCAGCAAAGGUGAUAAUUUGGGACUAAAAUAUCCCAUUUUUAUCAUAUUCUUUGAAAUAGUGCUGGAAAUUUUGGAAAGUUAACAAAUGUAAAGAAGUUGCAUGAAGGUUAUAGAGAGAUGUAACUAUUUGUGUUGACUAACUAUUGCAGACGUUUCAUACUUAGUUUGAAGCGGAUAAUGACAGCUAACAUCCUCAGCUAAAAGUGUUGUUUGUAUAAUGAAUUAUCUUUUUAUUUAUGAAAAUAAAAUAAUUUUACUUA